CUCUCUCUCUCACCAUUUUAAAAUUUUCUAUUUCUGUCUCUCUUUUUUAAUUGAUCUUUCAAGUGUUCAAAUUUUUUUCCAUAUAUAUACUAUCCAUUGUGUCAAUCAAAAUUGUGCUCAGAGAGUAAUCAAAGCUUCUCAGAAAAAAUGGGUGGUUUAACUUCCGUAAUGAAAAUGACAGUUUUGAUAUGGGCAGACUUACUGUCGUUCUAUGCUAUGUGGAUGAUGAUGGCAUACUUAACAGACGUGUGGAAAAUAAGCUUCACUCACGCAGCUGCAAUUGUCAAUGUAUUUUGGGGUUUGGUUCACAUUAUGCCUUCGAUUCUACAAUUCAUUGUAGAUACUGUCAUGGGUAGCUUUUGGAUGGUCCUUUUAACAAGUCUUGCAUAUUGUGCGGGAUUAGGGUUUCUUACAAUGUCAACUCCUCCAGUGCUCUCAGAUGCGACAGGAACUUGCAGCGCAUAUAAGCCUGAGUGCAUUGGUGAAGGACAAAAGGUCCUCUUUUACACAGCAUUAGCUCUAAUUGUCAUGGGAAUGGCUGGUCACUUAACAUCACUGGCAUCACUCAUGACUGAGCACAUGACACUAACAUAUCAAACAGGAGAAGUUGAUGCCACUCAGUUUUGGUCUUUCUUCUUUGGAGUAUUUGGUGUAGUUAUUGUCCCUAUAGCCACUGUUAUAGCCAUUCCUUACAUAAAGCCAUGGUCUCUAAGGUUUGGAAUCCCAGCCAUAUGUACUGUGGUGGCAACAAUUAUUUUCUUGACUGGCUCACGCUCUUACAAGUAUGCCAAACCACAAGGAAGUCCUCUGACUACUGUCUUUAGAGUCUUCAUCGCCUUUGCCUCUAAAUUAUUCCAUAAACUCCCAAGAGACACCAAUCAGCUAUAUGAGAGACAUGAAAGCCAGUUUUAUUCGGUUCCUUAUACUCGUCGCCUCAGGUGUCUAGACAAGGCUGCAAUUAUAGUUGAAAGCCAAAGUUUGGAACAACAAGAGAAGAAUAGGUGGAGACUUUGUAGGGUUUCAGAGGUGGAAGAAACCAAGAGCUUGAUAUGUAUGAUUCCCAUAUGCUCAUCAUUCUUAAUGUUGGGAUUAGUAUCUUCCAUUGGAAACACUUACUUCGUUGAACAAGCAAACCACAUGAAUAAAAAAGUUGGAAAAUUAAAGGUUCCUCUUCCAAUCCUCCUUUGGUUUUACGAUCAAGCGAAAUCGCAAUUGGCAGUCUACUAUUUCCAAAUUGCAGGAUUAUGCUUUGGCAAUUCAAGAUCAAGGCGGUAUGCUGCCCCAAUUGGGAUCGCCGUAUCGAUGAUAUUUGCAAUAUUAUGCUCCAUCACAGCUGCCAAAGUGGAGGGACGAAGAUUAGACGUUGUUAAUAGCCAUGGCUUACUUGACAAGCCAGAAGAAACAGUUCCCAUGACCAUGUUUUGGUUGCUACCACAAUUUCUUCUCCUUGGAGGGUUAGAUGGGAUUUCAGAGAAUAGCAUAGCUAGUUUCUUAGUCGAUCAAGUACCUCAAACCCUGGGCCCGUACAUGGGUUUAUUUGCUUCUGGAGUUUCUGGGGUGGGAAUUCUAGGAAGCGUCUUAUCAGUCUAUAUUGUAGGUAAGGUUAGUUCGAAAGGAGAUAAGCCUAAUUGGUUCCAAUACACUUUGAAUAGAAGUCGUUUGGACAAGUAUUAUUGGGUUUUGGCUCUUUUGUCUGCAGCCAAUCUUGUUUUCUUCAUUUUGAUGGCCCUUUGGUAUGCAUAUAGGGAUUCAAGAUCGGAAGACAUGGAAGCACCAGAAUACGAUGAAACUAAUGAGCCUUUCGAGGAUAAUGCUCAAUGUUGUUGUUAAAUAUAUGGUUUUUAGUUUGUGAGAUAAGGUAGUUUAACUAUUUGUUAUAUUAAAAAUAAAAAGUUUAAUAAGGUCGAAUAGCCUUUUUCUUAUUCCCUUGUAAUUUGCUUAAUUUUAUUU